AUGGCUUCAUUCCUUGCCAGGGUCUCCUCUAUGGCUGUUCUUGUUUUCAUUAUGUUUCUAACAUCUCAUCAAACUCUAUCAAAGAAGUUCGUCAAUGCAGAUGAGAAAUUAUUCAGAGAAUUAUGCAGCAAAGCCAAAGACGAAGGAACGUGCAUUCAGUGUGUCAAAGGCGGUAAAUGGAGUGCUGAUGUGGAUGCAAUCGGGAUAGCUAUCAUUCUAAUGGACUGUGCAAAUUUUCAUGGCGCCUGCUUGGUACAGAAUUUUACUAUAUUGGCUUCUCAAGCUACAGAUGAACGUGUAAAGAACAGCCUGCUGGAAUGCAAAGCCCUGAUGUCUGCUGUACAAGAUUUCCAGUCUGUGAAAGAUAGUCUUUAUCGUCAAGAUUACUUCGAUGGAUACUUAGGCAUGUCCAUGUACGCACAAUAUGGUGCCUUAUGCCGUUCAAAACAUGUCAUAGAUGAGCUUGGACCAGAAAAAGUGCCAUGGCAAGUGUUUGAUGGGAUUACUGUGUGGGUGAAUCUUUCUGAGGCUGCUUUAAAAAUUAUCGAACCAUACUACCAACCCAGCUAG